GUUUUAAUACAUCCUUCAUAUUCAAUGAAACCAAAACCCUUUUAGGACUGAGUCUGGGACGUUCAAUAUCUAUUGUCUGCUGGCAAACAGGAGGCCUACAGCAGCAGCAGCAGCAGCAGCUUCUGAAGCUCCUACAUCUUCCCACAUCAUUCAAACGCUGCAUGUCAGACACAGGGCAGAUAAUAACCCCAAGGCAAGACCUGCCAGUCUCCCCGGCAGCUGGAGAAACGCUUUGUUUGUUUGUCUCCUCAGGUUCCUCUGCCCACACCGGGCAUCUGACACAAGAAGAGCGAUUGGCUCUGAGGAGUUGAUGACGGAGGGAGCGCACCGUCCUCUCCAGGAGCGCAGCCCACUCCCUCACAAACAUAUACACACACACAGUCACACACAUACAUAUACACACCGCUCCUCCGUCCGGUGGCAUGAGACCAGUGUGUCGGGCUGGGAUGCACAUUUGAUUGGAGAACUUUUUUCUUUCUGUGCUGUGAUUAUUUUGGUUCGUUUUGGAGGUGGAGACCUGUUAGGACUGCGCGUUUUCUCCCCAGGAGCGCGCAGUGUGGCACACGCUGGAACAAAAACAGCUCAGAGCGGCGAGUGCAGCGCAGGCAGGUUUCCGUUUUAAAAGCAGCGGGAGAGGCAGGAGAGUUACGGAGUCCGCGGGGAAGCGGCGUCGGUGCAUUAGGUCCAAGGACACCUCUGUAACAUAACGGCCGGGAUACUGAACAGAAAUCAGCGGCGGAACUUGGAUAUGGCGGGUGUGAAGACGUUCGACCUUCUGGUUGGAGUUGUUUUAGUUUUGCAGUGUGUGGGGAAUGCCCAGCGCGACAUCACAGCCAGCAACGGGUCAUGGGGAGCAGGGGCUUAUCCAAGCAUGCAGAGCUUUAGCCCGAAGGCAGGGAAGCAAGUCUGCAGUCCAUCACAGGACUAACAGACAUACAGACCAUCUCUGCCUGCUGUCAUACAGGGGUCUCUUACUCAUACGUGCAGGGGCAGGCGGGAGAUGAGGACGCAGCAGUGGACGUGAAGCUUUACGGUCACCGGUCGAGGAGAUGGCUUCCCCCGAAACCUCGUAACAUGGACAGUAACAGGGCCAGUCAGGAGCAGGACCAGGAGCCUGUGCAGGAGGAGCCGGAGGGCUUCCCAGGCCUGCUGUCCACUGAGGACACAGACAACAGCUCCCAGAUAGAGGAGGAUACAGAUCACGACUAUUACACGUCAAAAACGUACAGUCCAUCGGAUCCGAUGAGCAAGGACUUGUGGGUAAAUAUCGACCAGAUGGACAAGGACAAAGUGAAGAUCCACGGGAUUCUGUCCAACACACACAGACAAGCAGCGAGAGUUAAUCUGUCCUUCGAUUUCCCUUUUUACGGACAUUUCCUGCGUGAAAUCACCGUAGCAACUGGUGGGUUCAUCUACACAGGUGACGUGGUCCACCGGAUGCUAACUGCUACACAGUACAUCGCUCCUUUAAUGGCAAAUUUUGACCCCAGUGUCUCCAGAAACUCAACUGUCAUCUACUUUGACAACGGGACUGCUCUGGUGGUGCAGUGGGACCAUGUCCACCUACAGGACAACUACAACCUGGGAAGCUUCACCUUCCAGGCAACACUGCACAACACCGGCAGGAUUGUUUUUGCAUAUAAAGAGAUCCCUGUUGAGGUGUCACAGAUCAGCUCUGUCAAUCACCCGGUGAAGGUGGGCCUGUCUGAUGCCUUUGUGGUGGUCCACAAGAUCCAACAGAUACCCAACGUGAGGCGGAGGACAAUCUACGAGUACCACCGUGUGGAGCUGACAAAGACGAAGAUCACCAAUUCUACAGCCGUGGAAAUAAUGCCUUUACCCACCUGUCUCCAGUUCACCAGCUGUAGCUCGUGCAUCUCCUCACAGAUCAACUUUAACUGCAGCUGGUGUCACCGGCUCAACAGGUGUUCCAGUGGCUUUGACCGCCAUCGACAGGACUGGGUGGACAACAGCUGCCCAGAUGAGACCAAGGACAAGUUGUGUGACAUCAUCGACACCACUUAUCUCUACCCCUUCACCACCACGAUUGUCGCUAAAACGACAUCCAAGAGCAAAGAGGCCACUGCAGGCAGGGACGCCCCCACCGCCUCCUACCCUCCCACCAGCGUCCCCACUGAAGAUGAUACCAAGAUCGCCCUGCAUCUCAGAGACAACCAGGUGAUGCCUGCAGACAGUGCUGUGGACAGGAUGCCAGGUACACACUCUGUGCACAUUGGUCUGAUCCUCGGUAUCCUCCUGGUGAUGCUCAUCAUGGUCGCCGGCGUGCUGGUCACCGUGUACGUCUACCACCACCCGACCUCUGCAGCCAGCCUCUUCCUUAUUGAGAGACGCCCAAGCAGGUGGCCAGCCAUGAAAUUUCGCCGAGGAUCGGGUCACCCGGCCUACGCCGAGGUGGAGCCGGUGGGCCAGGAGAAGGAGGGCUUCAUCGAGUCUGAGCAGUGCUGAAGGAGGAGGGGGUGCCUACAGCCCCCACUGCAUCUCUCCCCCACCCCCCACCCCCACCCUCCCUCCUCCCUCCUGUGUUGGCCCUCCUUCCCUCCGGCUCCACAGGGACUUCUCACCAGGAAGCUCCAGGUUCUGCUUAUCGGCUCAGUGUACAAAAUGACUCGUUAAGACUGUGGAAUUGGUCCACUGAGCGCCACGCGGGACUGGAUGGAGCAGCCAACAAUACGAGGAAGUGAGAAAACCCUGAAAACUGAUCCCAGACAUGAACACUUUGUUCAGCUGCUGUUGGCAAGGAGCUGACCUACCGGGGACAGAGGGAGGGAACAGCAUAGAUGACUUAGACUCAGUCACCAUUGGUUAAGUUUUGAACGGCUGCUAUGAUGUUGCCAUGGAGGGAUUGUACAGCCUGACUGCCUAGACUGGAUACUAGUGGGUCUGAGUGGGUGAAUUAUACAAGAUAUAUUUUCAGAAACAAUACAGAGUACGUGAACAGAGAUUUCCACUUUAUUUUCGGUGGGGUUAUACUGUAUAGGCCUUUGUAUAUCCAUCAGGUUUUCACUUCUUUUCCUUCUUUCACUAUGCUGUUUUCAUAAGGGUUGGCACAUUUAUCUGUAUAGACGGUCGGUAUUGCUUUUCAAUACCAUAGCAGGUUUAAUUGACUUUUCCACUGCCUGCUCUGCACAGGGAGGGUGCAGCUCUGCGAUAUGACGCAAGCUGCAAUCCUGUCACUGCGAUCGACUGCAGCUUGGAGGAAAAAAAAAAAAAAGAAAGAAAAGUUUCAGCAUCAGCGUUGAGUUAGUUUGCGAUGUUUGGGCUGGGUUCAUUUUUCUAAAAAACAAAAAAAAAAAAAGAUGUUUUUAAGUAAGAUGUUUUUUUGUCCACUGACAGUAGCUCAGUGGAUUUUAUUUUUAAUGGGUGAUGGGCACACUCUUAUCCUUCUCAUUCUUUUGAUUGGUUCUUUGAUUGAUUCCUUACAUCACUGAUGCCAUUUUAUGGGGUUUUUUUCCUUUUUCUUUUGCCAUGCCAUUUUGUCCCAGACUAGAGUUUGCACAAUUUUUUUUUCUCCAAGCACAUUUUAUUUGCUCAUUUGACAUGUGGUACUAAUGCAAAAUGACAAGACAGGCGCUUGUGAGUGUGUAUGCUUGAAUAUAUUUUCUAAAGUGUAAGUGAUUCUGUGUGUGUGUAUAUACGUGUGGGAAUACGAAAAGAGAGCAGCUUACGGUAGUGAUUGGAUAUCCACCUGCUUUAUGGGUGCAUAUGUUUGAGUUGGCUCUGCACAGUUGGUUCUUAUUGAUCUGAGACUGAGCUAUCUGCAUAGAGUUUGUGUGAGCCAGAAAACACACUGAUAUGGCCGGAGUUGAUAUUACAGGGUGGUUUCCUUUUCCAGUAUGUUUCUAGCAUAAUCAUCAUCUACUCUGCGUUUUAAGUUAUGACUGGCUCAUCCGUGUCUACACAUUAAUGUACAUACCAAGGCCAAAACAUUUGCAGAUUCAGGUAAAUCAUGGCAAACAUUUGCAGUAUAGCCGCAUAGUACAGGAAAACUUUAUUUUUUAUGAGUGGCCUUUUUUUUCCUCUACUUUUUUACUUAAAAUGUGAAUACUGUUAAAUCAUCACAUCAUUACUGUCACUGAUCAAUACACGAGGCUUCUGAUCGAACAAAUUUAAACACUCAUUUCUACUGGCACAGAUGUAAUUUCAAGACAAAAUCAUGUUUUUACACCAAUGAUUGUAGAUUCAUUUUAGACAUGACAUCCUGGAAUUCUACUGAAAAGUAAAACGUGCAAUAUUACAUCCGUUCAGUUUGACACUGAAAAUGCAUAAAACUAACAGUCAUCUGGAUUUUUUUUUAUCAUUAUUAUUAUUAUUGUUACACACCUCGUCGUCAUCACAUUGAGACCAAAGAUUAAUCAGCAUCUGACCGACCUACAUUUCCAAGUAUUUACCUCAACCUCCCCACAGCCUCAGCAGCCACACCACCAUCCAGCACAUCGAGAUGUAGCUUUAGUGGUUUACUGCUUACAGUGGUUUACAGCCAUUUACGUCAUAAAACUGCAAUACAGCUGAUCGUCCACUAAACCCCGCCCUCUCACAGCAAUUGUCCAAUCACAGCUUAGUAGCCUUGGGUUUGUUUUGGGGGGGGGGUUGUAUCAUUUUAAAGUCUGGGAGAUGGAGUUUCCAGGGUGUUGAUCUGCCCUUCUGAAACCUCAUUAACAUGCUAGCAUGCUUCCUACAGCAGUAACCGAGCUAACUUUCUAGGGUGAAGAGCAUUAACGCUCGCUACCUAAUCAAAACAAAAAUGGCAGCCUUCCAGCUAACUGGAUAACAGAGUGGUAACUUGGGAAAGGGCUUAAAUAGUCUUAGUCACUGUGCAUUUUUUUAAUUCAUGUGAUUACAGGAGUCAAAACAGCACAGCAGAAUUUGGACAAAGACAAGUGCGCAAACUGAGCUUUUAGACAGAGUUGCUUUAGAACAACAUAAAUACCUUUAGCUGAAAAACCCUUCAAGUUUCUCAUAAUACUAGACUAACCCAUCUAGCCUUUUAAUAUUACAUCAUGCAUGUGGCCAUCACAUUCACAUGAAAGGCUCCUUUUACAAGAUUCGUCUUAUAAAAACAAGUAAGCCGGAAGCAUUAUUGAACUGGAGAUCACAACAAUGCCCUAAGAACACAGAACACUGGGUACUUCAGACCCUGGGAACAUCGCACCUGAGGAACAUUGAUGUUCUACAACCAACUCGUUAAGAUAAAACUAAAGGCUACCAGCUAUAGUUGUCAUUUGAUGUUGUUGAUCAAAAUUUUACUAUGAAUUCCGAUGUUAAACCGAACUCUUGACGGACAGCAAGCGGCAACUAAAGGGGGAGGGGCUUAGCCAACGGCUGACAUUUGUCACCUAAAUGUGAUGUAGCUACUUCAUCCUCUAAAUAAACUCUCAUUAACACAUCACAUCACCUACACACCCAAAGAGUCAUACACAAAUACCAAAUGAAGGACUCGCUGGCUGUUUCACACAGACCCGUCUUCACAGCCACGCCGAGUUCUGAUGUGGUCUCAGUGGUGUCGACCGGAGAGAACAAACGUCUGCUUUUCAAACCCUCUUUUAUGACUCUUCAUUAAUACUGUCCGCAACAGGAGAGAGAGAGAGACAGGGAGACGGGCGGUUGAAUUUUACAAGGCCAGUGGCUUUUUCCUGCAUACAGAUGUAUGAUUACAGAUUUUUUUCCCCCAAGUGUCGUUAGAAUGAUCCCUGCGGAGAAAUGCUCUUUUGCAAGUGCUUGUAUCAUCUGCUUGUCGUACGCUGCCGCCUGAAACUGCAAGUGUUUGUAUAACCACUGUCAUAUUGCAGUCAGAGAAAAGGUGGCUGACGGUCAAAUCUGUUUGUCUUAAAUGUGUCAAGAAAAGCCGAAACACUUUGAGGCUGUCUGGCAGUAAAGUCUUCACUUUCUUCACUGGACUCGACUAAUCGCUUUCGCUCCCACUUUCUCUAACAAUGUUAUUUUAGACGACAAAGAGCAGCAUAGUGGUGUUGUGGAGAUAAGAUACUGCUGUGUGGUAUUAUUUUUUUAUCUCUGACUUAUGAGUUGGAUUGAGAGCUGUUAAGUCACGCAGAUUCAGCAAGGUCCAGUGGUCGGUAUAAAGAAACAAGAACUUGUUUUUAUCUUUUCAUGACACUCCAUAACACACCGAGAUACGCAAAAUCACACAGUAUCAUAGCUGUCUGUAAUUUCUGUAACUGCUGUUGUUUUGAUUACAUUUGAAAUAAUAAACAAUGUUGUUAAAUACAAA